AUGUAUCUUGUGAACAGCUUCUCAACUGCAUGUAUACGGUCUCAGAGAGAUUGCAGCAGUAUUAAAACAGCCACGAUGCUGGACGCUUUCGAGAUCAUCACUACAUCAGGAAUCGUGCUCUGGCGCAAGCACUAUGCUCCGGUGUCAUCGAACGUGGUCAACAGCUUGAUCAACCAUGUCUUCAUCGAGGAACGACAGAAGCCGGCUGCAGCAGUGGAAGGAGCAACUACAGCGCCGGCAUACCGAAAGGAUAAAUACACCCUGCGAUACACCGCUGCCAAGGAUGUCGGCCUGAUCUUCGUGGCUGUCUACCAGUCUUUGCUGCACUUGUCAUGGGUGGAUGAUCUUUUGACUGCAGUCCGAGGCCUUUUCGUCAAGCAGCACGGCAACGAGCUCAAGAAGCCCGAAACGACCAAGGUAGAUGCUCGAGGCUUCGACCAGACGUUCGAUGCGCUCCUGCGCAAGCUCGACACCGGAAGCACGAGGCGGAGGCAGAGCGAACACGAUUCCGAGUCGCAGGUUGAGUUGACACCGCCAUCGAGCUCGGCAUCUGUCACAAACGAAGCAGCUGGAGACAAUUCUCCGCCUUUGCCAGUGCCACAGUUCAGGAAGCCGGCAACACCCCAACGGAAAGAUGCCGUGAUCGAUGAUACUACUAGCGCAGAUAUAACACCCGUUGCGACGCCGGACACUUCGCGACCUAGCACUCCGUUGCACGCUCCAUCUGCCUCGCAUCUGCUGGCAGCCAAGUCCGGUCCAAGAAAGCAGUCAAGAAGAGCACGGAAAGGUAUCAAUGCAGCAGCCUUCAACAGCUCUGCUCCGGCUUCUUCUGGAGAUGAGGGCCCCGUGAAGGCAAAGAGCGGGAAGGACAGCAUCAAGCAGAAGCGACGAUGGGAUGCCGACGGUAUGGCAGUAGAAGGGGAUGAUGAUGCUGUGCUGGACUACAGUGCUGCAGCGAUUCCGAAUAUGGAAGAUGAGAAAGAGCUUGGUAUAGAAGACGUCAAGGCAGACCAGAUGGGAAGCAGAACCGGCAAAGGACAAUUCGUGCUCAAGGACCUGGAUGACGAGGUGGAUGCAAUCCUGGCAGAGGCGAAGCAGAAGCAACAGCAGGACACGACCACGAAAGAGGCAUCGGGAUUAUUUGGUACUGCAACAAGCAAGAUCUCUGGUCUUUUUGCGAACGUCGUGGGCGGCAAGCAGCUCACCAAGCAGGACCUCCAGCAGCCGCUACUACAGAUGCAGAACCUCCUGCUGGAGAAGAACAUCGCACGGGAAGCGGCAGAGCGACUAUGCCAAUCUGUGGAAGCGGACCUGCUCAAUCAAAAGACUGCCUCCUUCACCUCCAUCGACAAGACCAUCCGCGAGAGCAUGUCGAAGGCACUGACCCGCAUUCUCACACCAACAAGCAGCCUCGACCUACUGCGAAACAUCAAUGCCACGACAUCAGGCUCGAAUCCCAGGCCGUAUGUGAUCAGCAUCGUUGGCGUCAACGGCGUGGGCAAGAGCACGAACCUCAGCAAGAUCGCCUACUUCCUCUUGCAAAACAAAUUCCGCGUACUAGUCGUGGCAGCCGAUACUUUCCGAAGCGGUGCCGUCGAACAACUUCGUGUACACGUACGAAACCUCAGCGAACUCUCCCGCCGUGAAAAUGUUGGCCAUGUCGAGCUUUUCGAAAAGGGCUAUGGCAAAGACGCAGCUGAAGUCGCCCGUCAGGCCGUCACGUACGCCACAAACAGCGGCAAGGGAGAGAUGAUGUACGAUGUGGUGCUCAUCGAUACGGCAGGGCGCAGACACAACGAUACGAGGCUCAUGAGCAGUUUGACCAAAUUCGGGCAGCUCGCCAACCCAGACAAGAUCUUCAUGGUUGGCGAGGCACUGGUCGGUACGGACAGUGUGGCUCAAGCUCGUAACUUUGCGAAAGAGUUCGUGGAUCAGAAGGGUGCCAUGAGAAACGGUGGCGUUGGCAUGGAUGGGUUCAUCAUCAGCAAGUGUGACACUGUUGGGGACAUGGUCGGCACCUUGGUUAGUAUGGUGCAUGCUACCGGUAUUCCGGUGGUGUUCUUGGGAGUUGGCCAGCAUUAUGGCGAUCUCAGAGGCUUGAACGUCGAUUGGGCAGUGUCGAAGCUCAUGAAGUAG